UGAGCCAGGAGAAGAUGGAGGUGGAGCCUGGCCAGACACUCUCAGUGUCCUGUAACGUCUCAGGACACCCUAUGCCCGCGCUGCAGUGGGUCAGGAAGACCAACAAUGACCACCUCGUAAAAGUAGACGCUGGUGGAGGUCGAGUGAGAAUGGAGGAUGGCUAUGUCCUGGUCAUUGACAAUGUGACACCCUCUGAUGGAGGUCUAUACAGCUGCAUGGCUAUCAGUCCUGUUGGCAACACCUCCACAGACUUCAGCCUGCAGACCUGGCCAGGUAAAGCAUCCCAGGUGAGUGGCACCCCAGGGCCCACGUCGGUCCACUUCACCCUGGGGGCUUCCCUGGUGGACGGGGGCUCUCCCAUCACCAACUUCAUCCUCCAGUGGAAGACAGGAAGUGAGAACAAUUGGCAGGAGAGAGUCAUCCAGUCCACAGACCCCCUGGUGAUCACACAUCUGUUUCCCUACACCUCCUACUCUGUCCGAUUUGCCCCUCGGAACAACCUGGGACAGGGAGGUUUCUCAGACGAGCUCACCGUCCGCACACAGGGCAUACGGGAACCAGACAGCCCGGUCCUGGUGGCCAGCGAGGGGAAGGUUGAGGGCAAUAUGUUCUCAAUCCCUUUAACGCAGUUGGACAACGGAGGCUCCCCCAUUAUCCACUACAUUGUCCGCUACAGAGUGAAUAAGGUGGACGAGGACUGGAGGCAGAAGGACCUGCCAUCCAACUCGACAGUGAUCAACCUCCAUGACCUGCAGUAUAAUUCAGACUACCACAUGGAGGUGCUAGCCGUCAACCCCAACGGCUCCUCCAGCCCCGCCAAGCUCAACUUCAACAUCCCACAGCCUGUAGCCAAGAUGAAUCAGGGUGGGAUGGGGAAAGGGGCUGUGGCAGGCAUUGUCAUGCUCAUCUUCUUGGUGCUACUGAUCGCCGUGGACACCACCUGUUGCUAUACCAACCGCUGCGGCAUGUUGAUGUUCCUGGCUGUCAAGCUGUUUGGGAAGAAGGUCCCUGGGAUGAAGACUGUGGAGGAGGGUGAUGGCAUCUCUAAUGGAGACUUGAAGUUGAAUGGGCUAGGCAUACCGAGGGAUAGCAUCCCAAAACUGCAGACACAAAAUGUGGCAAAGAAUGGGUUGCAGGCGGAGGUCACAUGCGACAAAGCGCCCCUCACCAAAUUCGAGAAAACGUCCCCCAAUGGAGAUCCAGCCACAGAGGCCUGAGUUACUGAACAGGAAGUGACAUCAUAGUAUCUGAAGAAUGGAACCAGUAAAUGCCAAAGUUGAAAGGAGGAAGUAUUGUGAGUUGGGGGUCUUAGUUAAAUGUUUUUUGAGAGUUCCCAGGACAGUCCAAGUUGAGAAAGAAAAAGGAUUAGGAAAGUUAUCU